AUGGACGAGACUCAUGUACCCGAAGCUCGGGUUUUGAUCGUCAUGACGGGCGGAACAAUCUGUAUGCAGAAGUCUCCAGACGGCCUGAUACCAGCUCGGAAUUUCCUGGAACGAUGCAUGGCUCCCCGGCCAGAAUUCAAUGACGGAGACACGCACGAGCCCAUCGAGGUUGCGUUCCACGAUGGUCCCAAUGGGGUACAAUUGUCGCAAAGUCUGCGGACACCAACGAGCGUCUACGGAAAACGAGUGAGGUACGCGGUGUUGGAGUUUGAAGAGCUCCUUGAUUCCUCUUCGAUUGAUAGCAGAGGUUGGUCUCAAAUUGCGCAAACCAUUUAUCGCAAUUACAAGCUAUUCGAUGGGUUCGUUGUCCUCCACGGGACGGACAGCUUAGCGUAUACUUGUUCUGCACUCAGCUUCAUGUUGCAGCAUUUGGGAAAGCCUGUGAUACUCACUGGGUCCCAAGUUCCUUUCGCGGAACGUAAGAAUGACGCCUUGGACAAUUUACUCGAUGCGCUGGAUGUUGCAGCUCAUUUCAUGAUUCCGGAGGUGUGCUUAUGCUUCAACUCUACGUUGUUUCGUGGCAACCGGACGACAAAGAUAUCGGCAAGCUCCUUCGACGCGUUUGCUUCACCCAAUCUCCCGCCCCUGGCGAGAAUCACAGCUGUCGAUACCAGUGUAGCGUGGGACAUGGUGACCCGGCCGACCUCGCUUCAAGCAUUCAGCAUCCAGACUGACCUUGAAAUUCAUCACGUCGCGUGUUUGCGCAUAUUCCCAGGUAUCACAGCCAAGAUGGUAGACGCAGUACUGCGGACAGAAAAUCUCCGUGGCCUCGUCCUUGAGACUUUUGGCGCUGGCAACGCUCCCAGUGGACAUGACAAUAAACUUUUCAAGGUCAUAGCCGAGGCUGUUCAGAGAGGUGUUGUCAUUGUUAACAUCACCCAAUGUCUAACCGGCAGUGUGAAUCCCUUGUAUGCACCUGGCAUGGUGCUUGGGCGAGCGGGGGUGGUCGCAGGAGGGGAUAUGACCAGUGAAGCUGCCUUGACAAAAUUGUCGUACCUGCUGGCAUUACCAGGCGCCACACCAGAAUCAGUCUCCAAAGACAUGGCCCUCUCGAUUCGCGGUGAGCUGACCGAGAAUUCUCGCACCAUCUUCAGUCAUCCAACAGGGGAACUGUCUUCUCCAGUUACUCAGCUAACAACCAUUGCCUAUGCCAUUGCCAGCGGAGACAUCGACAAGGUCAAGGAUGUGCUUCAGAAUGAUGGGCAGCUUAUGAAUCGUCCAGAUUAUUCGGGAAAUACCCCUCUUCACCUGGCUGCCACUGGCCCCAGCCUGGCAAUUCUGCGAUAUCUGCUGGGAUUAGGCGCAUCUGUGCAUAUCCGAAAUAACACAAGCCGAACACCGCUAUUCCUCGCAGCCAAUGCCGGACUGGUGCCUCAUGUGAUGUUGCUGCGUCAGGCAGGUGGACAUCUCCAUCACGAAGAACUUCCAACAGCAAGACUACAUGCAAGUCAGCGGCCAGAUGUGUGGAAAGCAGCUGGCCUGGAGGUUCCUUAG